GUUUGGAUCUGGAGCAGAAGUCAGUUGUGUACAUUACAUAUUAUAUGUAUAAUAUUGAUAAUUUAUGGGUUGAGGGCUGUAUACACGAGUUCUUACGACAGUUCUUUAUAUUGUGAAAACAUUAAACCGAUUUUGUUAGUUUCCAUCGAAACUUAAGUUGAAGUACAUACGAUGGAGGAUUCCGAAACUCUUGAAAUGACACCUCCAAUUUCUCCGCCAGUCGGCAGCGAAUUCAAUGUUUUACGGCCCAAAAUCUCUGAAAACGGCUGCUCGUUUUGGCGUUUUAAAUGCUUUAACUGUUUGGGGGAAGUGAAUUUGAAAGACAAUGCAGUACAUCCGUCUGGAUAUCUUGCUAAUGGAGAAAUAGAAUUCAUCACCUAUCAGCCUAAUCCAUAUGUUGUAGAUUCAAACUCGACGGUUCAUCUUUUUGGAUUUUCCUUCAGUGAAGGAACCGCAUUGCUAAAUUAUGCUGAUACGCUGUUCCAACUAGUCAGAAAAGAAAUUAUGUUAUUAGAUUCAGCAUCGAAACUACAGACCAAUGUAAUGAGUGCCUUCUCUGUAGCACCAGCAACCGACGUAGGUUAUGACUUGAAAAGGAAAGAAAUCUGUACAUUUUUUAUGUACGUCCGGAAAUACAUCUCGUGUAUGUUUUCAGAUGAAGAAUAUUCUUGGAUUGUGGAGAAGAUAUUGCGACCUCUUCAGGAACAUUUGAAGUCUAUGAGAUUAUUCAUGAAGCAAAUAACUGAUCUUCCCGAUUACAUUAUCCACCAUUCUGCAUCAUCACAUGGCAAUAAGUGUCCACAGGCAUCUUAUCAUCUGUUCCACUUGCAUCUAGAUCUGCGAUGGCAUCAUCUUAUUUUAAGUGUACAGAUAGACAGCUAUAAAUGUGGAACAGACACGCUGCUUGAUUCUUUGACACCCAGCUUCAGUGAAACAAGAUGCAGUAACUUUAGCAGUGAAACAGAGAAGAACAUUUUGUUGCUGAUAACAGACCUUGUGAUGCUUGCAGUUGCCAGAUUUGGAAAGAUUUCGGUAACUGAUCUACAAAAGAAGUCUCCAUUUAGUUGUACAUGUGUUAGAGAACUGUGGUUACUGCUGCUGUUCUUACUUGAUGACCAAUAUGAGAAAGGCCACGGAAAAAAUUUUUGGAUGCAUUUGGGCCAGAUAUUAAAUAGUGUACUGUCAGACAAGACUGCAGAGAGCAAAACCACCACUACCUGUGCAUCCUUAGCUGUUUCAAAGAGUGUCAGUUGUUCCAAUCGUGGAAUUUUUGUUUUGUGGUUGUUGCUGCAUCUGACACAGUUGUAUGGAUACAAGAGAGAUGGUACUUACCAGGAACAAAAUCUUCAUAAGGUUCACAGUUGCCAUGAUCAGCUCAACACUACACUUAAAUCCAUUCUGUCAAUGGAUUCUAUGAGUGAGGUGCAGCUUCGAGUUGUUCUUUCAUUGCUAAGGAAGCUCUUGUCAAUGUGGGAAGCAUGCAAUAAUCCAUUACUCCUGUUGUGGGAAUACUUCCAACGUAGACUCAAUUCAACUUUCUAUGUGCCAGGAUCUUCUCCAGAGACAAUGGCUGUUGUGAGCAAAACUGGUCAAGGACUAUUGGAACAGGUUCGAAAACUAUUGGGUAGGGGAGCAACACGUACACUUGCAGCUCCAGUUGUAGAAAAUAGCUGGUGUCUGUUUUUGUCUGUAUUGGGGAACCACUUACAACAGUCUCCAGAACUGUGGCCACAGGUGCGUGGCCGUAUCUACUCAAAGCUGUCACCAGCGAAACUGCAGUCUCUUACAGAGACUGGCCUUUACCAUUUUGGGUGUCUGUUUAUGACAUUAGCCAUUGCAACACCUAACCUACAGGAAGUGAGCAAGAAGCUUCUAGAUCUUCUGAAGUUACUGAAUAUGGAGAAGUUGGAGGUGCAGAGACAUCUGACUGUGUGGAAGAUACAACUGGCUUUGAUACAGCUACAUGUUGAGCAAGGAGAAGAUGUUGGAAGCAUUGCAGUUCCUCUCAUGAGUGAUGUUUCAACAGUAUGCAAAUCAAAAAGUACUGAUUCUGUACUCCUUAUGAGAACAUUUGUUGAAGGACUACAAGAUAUUAUUAAUGCAAGUGCAAACUUGGAACUAUCACAGGAGAAACUAUUAGGUGGCUGGAUACAGGUGUACCUUAGCUACUGCCAGUCAUCUGAUAUGUGCCGCCUACUUGAUACUCUGUUGUCUAUUGCCACAAGAGUGGAGAGCGACAGCCGUGCCCUUGGCAGCCACUGUUGGGAUGAAACCGUGCCGCAGCUUGCCUAUGCACUGUGGGAACAUGCUUGGCCAUCUGUUAAAACGUAUUUUCAGCAACAGCCUAAGGCUACUUCAUCUGGAUCAGAGCCACCUAUGCAAGCUGCAGAUCUGGCUGCAGCAUUAGCUCUUCUCACACUUGGAAAGCAAAACACCACACUUCCUGGCUCCCAGCCGUUACCACAAUUGCAGACACUGCUAUGUUCUCUUAUUGGGUCUGAUGCUCAUUUGUGGGGCAAUGUGUGUCUCAUACGGAGAUUCCUCUGCCACAUACUUCAAGAACAGAGAGUGCUUGAUGUGCUUGCUGAACAACUCCCUUCUUACCAAACUGUAUUAGUGCAGGCAUGGAUCAAAUGCUCUCUGCUUUCAUCAGAAGAACAUUCAGAGGAGCUGCACAACCUAACAACAGUAGUCGCCCAGUUACCAGAAGUGUCUACUCUCUGUGCAGCUAGUGGAGGGACAUUCGGUUUGGUUGGUGAAGAACCAUUAUACUCAUUUAUCAUGAUAUUAGGACGGGCAUAUGAGCAAACAACCACAGUAGCAGAGAAAAGCAGCAUGAGAGAAAGGUGUAACCGCUACUUGGCACCUAUUGAGAAGUGUUCUGCAGCAGUGCUAAAAAACCCAGCUAUCAUAUCUGGUGCAGCUCUUUUAAGGCUCUACAAAGUAUCAGCCAGUCUUGUUCUGCACUGUGGGGGUCUCUUGUACCUGAGGUCAACACCCAAUUGCCUCCUACCUAUGCUAGUCUCCCAUCUGCUGCUCCCUCAUGCAGUAUACAGACCAGAGUCACAGCUGCAUCCAAAUGUAGCUAAUGCUUUGCGGCGUACAAUUGCUGCAUUUGUAAGAGGCAUAGCUCGUUUGUACCAGAAUGGUGAUCCUUAUGUGAACCGCACUCUGAGAGAUAUAGUGUUACUGUAUGUUCCACGACUGGCACCCCCAGUUUCAGCGUCUUCUGGAGGUGUUUUUGCCAGAGUAACAAGUGCUACACAGAUGCAGCAUCCACUAUUGGGAUGCUUUGUUGAAGACAGCAUUAUGGGUAAGGAAGCAGAAGUUAUUUUGGACCUGGUGGCUGAAGUCCAUCUCAAAGUCAGAGGAGCCACUCCCACAAGUCAGCAUGCACAAGUGGCUCUCUCACUUGUCAUGGACCUGCUCCAAACAAAGAACUUGAGCGAUACAGUCCUUCACCUAGUUAUCAGUCGCACCCUUACAAAUCUUCUGGAAAUUGCAAUGUUUGUGGAGGAGAAAAAUCCUUGUAAGAAACAAGCUGCAGAUAUUAUACGAGUGAUUGUCACAUCAGCUGUAUUCCAGAAUACAUCUGAGUUACAAUCACAGUUUGUUGCAAUUGUGGCACGAAUUUGUCAGCACCACUUAGCCUUCAAUACCCAGCCUUUCACACACCUCAUGAUAACAUUGAGCAGUGUGUCACCAGUAAUAGUUACCAAUUGUCUUCCACAUAUCAAAGAGGCAGUUACUCAUGUGGAAAGGCUGCGUGGUGUUGGUUAUGAUGCUGGUCUCAGGAGAAGUUUAGAGAAGAUCGAAGAAGCUGCAGCUUCCUCAAGUCAUGGGACCAUGUAAUGGGCCACAUUGCUGCAUCAGCAUUAGUAUCUUCACUUGCAUCAUUCUGCCAAUUUACAUGAUAUAUAAAACUAAGCUUUUUGUACAUGUUUAUUUAUUUAUUGUUGAAAAGCAAUGUUACAACCAUCUUAGCAUGGUUUAUAGUUUUAUAUGUGUAUAUUUGUAAAAAAAAAAAACCUUUUGUAUCUCCUGCUUUGUGAAAAAUAUAUAUGAAAAAAAUUGUGAUGAAUUAGAAAUGAGCUCUCAGUAAAAUAUUGAAUUGUUCUGAAAUGUAAUGUUUAGCAAAUUGAAAGGAAUAGGUAAGUGAUCUUCUGGACAUCCAACAUCCAAAAAUAGAGAGUAGUUCUACAGCCUAGGCAUAAUCCAAAACCGUACAAGCUUUUGUCAUGAGUGCAUUUGUUUCCCAAAGUCUGUUGCUUUCACAUAGCUAAAAAUGCCAAUAUUACAUGAAGGACUACACCACUAGUAAAACAUUCACAAAGAAGUGAUCAGUUGGUACCUUUCUCUUAGCUGAGUUGUUAUAAGCCUCAGCAUACAACAGACAUUAAAUAUAGUGUAAUAAAUGAUAACUGUUUACAACAUACCACAGUGGUGGAGGUGGUCAAGGUGAAGAAUUUGAUAUGGAACACAUCUUGCAGCGUGUUACACCAGGAGAUAACCUCAAAUAGGUCUACAGAAGCCACCUAAGCUAGAGCACAUGCACAAUCGAGAUUUUCAAUAUCCUCUCGCUCUUUUAUGCCACUGGUUUAGUCUGCUAUUACAUUAACAUUAUAAAUUUAAACUCUUCUGUGACAAUAAUGAAAGAAAAAAAAACUUUCUUAAAUAUUAUGCAGAAACUAACUCUUACAAGCACAGCCAUUUCAUAGUAAGAGGGCUGGAGAAACAACAUUAUUUAAUUGUUAAUUUUAUGUUGUUAAAAUCAUAAUUUUUGAAGUAAAAUUUGUACAGAUGUCAAUUUUACACUUUGUAAGUGCAAGAACAAGGGGUUUUUGAUAUUAAAGGAUGAUUUUAGACAAAAUCUUGUACAUUGUGCAUGCACUGUAGCAUAGAUGGACUCUUGUAGGUCAGUUUGAGGCUGUUUCCCGACUUGAUAGACACCAAGUGUCCUGUAUCAAUUUGAUCACCUCAACUUCACCUUUGUUGUAAAUAGGUAUGUUGUAUGUUGUGGUGUGUUGUAAAUAGUUGUCAUUUAGUAAGUUUCAUGAGGCUAUGAACAGAAAGCAAACACAGUUUAAUGGAAAGGUUUAUUGCAACAGAUACAUUAAGUGUUGGGCUAUUUUUCAACACAUUCACCACCGAUAUUUAGACAUUAAUCAUACCAUGGGACCAACUUUUGUAUUCAUUUGUAACAGAAGUCUGGCACCUAAGCAUCCCAUGCCAUUUUUUCUGACGAGCCCAUUGCCAGUUUUCACUUUGUUUCACAAUAAUGCUCAGCAUUCAUUUCUCACCUCUGGUUAGGAGUUUUAUAAGGAGAACUCCCCAGGUGUUCCAGAACUUUGAACACAGUACUCUCUUCACCAGUGUAGUCUACUUGAAUUUUGUCUUAUGGGGAGAGCCACUGGGACAUCAAAGCAGUGACUGCUGCUUGGUUUCUGGAGCAUUGCUUGCAAAUCGUGUGCUGAUCCAGUUCAGAAACUCAUUGCCGUCAUUAUGGUACCUCUCCAGGAAAGUUGAAACUACCCCAUCCGUUAGGCUUUGUGUUCAGGAGUCAGUCGCUUCGGGGCCUAUGUGGUGCACAACCUCCCAUGCAAUAUUUGUUCCAUAACAGUCCAAUGCAUUAAUGAGCGGCACUUCUGUUGAAACUGACUACUAAGUGUGUCUUGCACCAAGUUGCCUGUAAUUAUGGAUGGCCUCCCAAUGGGCUCCACAUCAUGAACAUUUUGGUGACGUUCUCCCCAGUGAUGCACAAUUUGGGUGCUCAUGAUGUUAAGCCCAUAGACUUGGCACAGCUGACAAUGAAUUUCAAUUGGGACUAUGUUCUGUGCCCUAAAAAACUUCUGCCACCAGCUGCACUUCAAACAUAGCAGAAGCUGGAAUAUAAGUCUCCAUAUUCACAUGCUGCUGGGAAGCUUCUGUGAGACCUUGAGAAGUUCCGUUAGCUCGUGUGCCAUGCCAUGCCAUGUCAUGUAGUUACUUUUAUCAUAUUCAUACAGUCACUUUGUGUAACAUAUGUUUUUUAGCUAUGGGAUGAGUGGAAAACUUAUUUGAUGGACCUGUCUCAUAGUUAGCUGCCAAGGAAAGCUAGUUAUUAGGUUAUUAAUCACAAUUCUGUGCACUUGUAAAAUCCUUAACCUUUCCACAGUAUCUCAUAAAGUUAGGUCUCUGAGCCUGUUUUAUAACAGCUUCUGCAUCAACCUAGGGUGUUAACCUUGGUACUGUUCAACAGUUGGCUUUGUGUCAGUACUAAGUUUUACUGUUUCCCUUCCUUUCAUUCCGUAAUCCCUCAUAACACAAACACAACAUUCCACUGUGCAAGCCUUCAUCACAGUCAUCAAUGUGAAACAGGCAUUCAUUCACACAUUGUGUUCCAUGAAUCCCACAUGCAGGGAAGUCUUCAUGGAUUCACAGUGAAUCAAGUUCUGCAUUAAUAGGCAGAAGCAGCCACAGCAGGCUACCUGUGUACUGUAUGAAUUAUGACUAGUGACAAUCUGUCCAUGCUGAUAAUUAUGGAAAUUACUUCAUAUUUGUUACUGUCAGGCAUUUGCAAGUGGCCACUUUAUAUUUGUUUGGUAUAUUUGGAGAAAAACAGCUUCAUUGUAGAAGAAAAAAAGGCCCCUGCUUCUCUUCUUACACUGCUAGCUACUGUUUUUAUAUAGGUCCUUUACACAGAUUAUUAUCAGCUGUCCAUAUAUUUGUGAAGUCAAGCUCUGUUUAAAUUAAACGUUGGGUUGUGAAUCUACAUAUUUGAGUCUAAAUAUUCUGAUAAAUUGUAAGAAGUGUGGCUAAUGAGGUGUUCUUUUACUUUAUUUUUGAAUAUUGGGUUAUUUUCAAUUUUUUGCUUUCUGUCUGUCGAUCAUCUGUUAUAAAAUCUUGCAACAAUAUGUAAAAACAUCUUAAAUCGUGAUCAAAGAUGCAUAAUCUAUAUGGAAAUUACUUUUACUUGUAGUAUUGUUGUUGUAAAUUGUAUAGUUCCUCUUAAAUUUACUCAUUUACUAAACACUCAUAACAUGAGUGAGUGUGAGCAUUGGCAUGUAAAUGUAAGAAUCCCUAGGUUCCUGAAAAUACUUCUGCAGAAUUUUGGCUGUCAACUUACUCAGUAUUUUUACUGUUUGCUUCUGCAGAGUAAAUACUGUAUUGACCUUACCUGCAUUGCCCUCAGAAUAUUAUUGAGCAAAGGUAUUCUUAACGAUCCCUUCUGUGGGUCACAACAAUGAAAUGUUUCUAGGUGCAAGCACACAAAAUUAAGUUUUUUGAUUAACCACUUCAUGUGCUGGUGCCACCUCAGUUUAUUUUGAUUUAUUUGGAGUAGGCUGUUUUCCUAUGUUAAAAAUAUGGUUUUCGAUAGUUUUUGUUCAGAGUGAUUAUGACAUUCAAAUCGCAUUUACGGUCAAUAUUCUUACAAAAUAUCUCUGAUUUUUAUGUAAUUAAAGCUUAAAAAUCAUUAAAUAUCAAGAUUUGGCAACAUGAUUGAAAACACACUGUUCUUGGCUGAAGCUCUGAUGACCUCACAGACUGCAAGAAGGUGAAGCUAUACGUAUGUCCCAGGAGUGUUAGCCAAAGUGACUAGGCUUUUACUUACUUUUUCUGCAAAUAGUUUAGCUAUUUACUGAUAGAAAAUGCAUUUACAGCUUAAAAGUAACAAAAGAAAAGAAUUUUGUGAACAAUGAUAGUGGAAACAUUACGAAAAUUAAUUUGUUUAUGCUCCACUUAUUUAGAGCAGUGAUAUGUCAAAGGAUGGACAUUCUUUUCCCUGCUCCCUGAAACAUAAUUAAACCCUUUGAGAGGAAUUAUGGAACUUUUGCAAAUGAGUCCAUGUCUUAUAUCUAGAUUAUCAUCUAUUAGUCAUGAAAUACAAUCGAAAACACAAUAAAAUUAUUCUUGGCAAAUCUUAGUGCUGGUUUAUGCUGUACAGGAUACUGAGCAGAGACACUGCUAGAAGUGCAACGGAUAGCGCUUGUCACUAUGGUUAUAAAGAACACAGGUUCGAAUCCAGGAAGGGUCUUGAAUUUUUAAAAGCAUUAGCAAGAACAAAUUGUAACAGAUAUUUUGAUGGUGGAAUGUAUUGUAUAUAGCUUCAUAGCAGUCUUAGUUGGAGAA